AUGUCUACCUUUGGAUAUAGAAGGGAGAUCAGUAAAUAUGAAGAUAUUGAUGAAGAUGAGCUGCUGGCUUCCCUCUCACCAGAGGAGCUCCAGGAACUGGAAAGGGAAUUGGACGAUAUUGAACCAGAUCGUAACCUUCCUGUUGGAAUGAGGCAAAAAAGUUUAACAGAAAAGUCCCCAACGGUGAACUUCAGCAGAGAAGCCCUAAUGGCUUAUUGGGAAAAGGAAACACAAAAGCUUCUAGAGAAAGAAAUUGGAGCAUGUGCUCAGGAUCACAAGGAAGAAGAUGAAAGUGAGGAGGAUGACUUUGCAGGAAGCAACAGUGAAGUGUCAGAGGAGGUUUAUACAGAAGAAGAUGAGGAUGAGGAAGAAGAAAGAGAAGAAGAAGAAGGAGAAGAAGAAGAGGAACACAAGGAAGAAUAUGAAAGUGAACUAGAAGAGAAUGAAAAGGAAAUCAAAGAAGAGGUGGUGUCUUGCAAUGGAUUAAGUGGAAGUGGUGACAAAUACAGGAGACCUACAGAUGAUACUGUGAACUGUAAGGCAUUGACUGGCCCUGUUCUCUCAAACCCAACCGUUAUUGAGGAAGCACUAGAAAACAUCAAAAUCAAUGAUCCUGACACUAUUGAAGUGAACCUCAAUAACAUUGAGAAUACAACACCUGAUACGUUAAUGGCAUUAGCAGAGGCUCUGAAAAAUAAUACUAGUGUUAAAUUAUUCAGUUUAGCAAACACUCAUGCUGAUGACAAUGUGGCAUUAGCUAUCGCUAACAUGUUGAGGGUAAAUAGAAGUAUCACGUCUUUAAACAUAGAAUCAAACUUUAUCACAGGUAAAGGAAUAUUAGCCAUUAUGAGAGCUCUUCAGUAUUCCAACAAUAUCUUGACAGAAUUGAGAUUUCACAAUCAAAGGCACAUCAUGGGAAGUCAAGUGGAAAUGGAAAUAGUAAAAUUACUAAAAGACAACACAAGUAUUGUCAAACUAGGUUAUCACUUUGAGCUUCCAGGACCACGUAUGUCUAUGACAAGCAUACUUACCAGAAACAUGGACAAACAGAGACAGAAAAGAAUGCAGGAACAAAAGGAAUCUGGUUAUGAUCCUUCAUCUAACUUAAGGCCCAAGACAUUGCAGAGAGGAACUCCAGGGGCUUCACCGUGUCCUUCUCCUAAGAGUUCACCAUGGUCAUCACCAAAACCGACUAGAAAAGUUCAGGCUACCAUCACCUUAGCUCCCCCUCCACCUCCUCCACCACCACCUCCACCACCUCCUCCACCUGCCCCUCCAUUAUUGCAAGCAGUUCAGGAAAAAAAGGUUCCCACAAGGAAUAUUGCUGAAGUCAUCAAGCAGCAUGAAAGAUCGGCAAAGAAAAUUCAUAAUGGACAGAAUAAAACAAAAGGCAAAAAGAGUAAAAAAGAACAAAACAACAUAUUAAAAGAAAUAAAAAAUUCUCUAAGAUCAAUUUCAGAAAAGAAAGCAGAAGAGGGUUCUAGACCGUCUACACCACAAAGAUCUGUACACGAUGACCUUAUGGAAGCUAUCAAAGGAAGCAGCAUAAGACAGUUGAGGAAGGUGGAAGUACCUAAAGAACUGCGGUAA